CGCCCACAGCUGCUCAGUGGGGUUUGCCGACUUCCAUCCCGAGGGGACAUCACCGUCAGCCCGGGUCAGUGCCACCAGCCGCACACGCCUCCAUCCCCGCUGGUCUCUGCAAACCGCCCCGAGCAACAUACACACAAACAUGGCUCCCUUUGAGAAAUCUAUGGAGAUGAUGCCCUUCAAGGAGAGGAAAUGCCUCGAAACAAGAAAAGAUGAAGUGUGCAGCAUUCGGUCUAAAUUCCCCAACAAGUUGCCUGUGAUUGUUGAACGUUACACCCGUGAAAAGACUCUCCCCCUGUUGGAUAAAACAAAGUUCCUGGUUCCCUUUGAGCUCACCUUGGGUCAGUUCCUCUGCCUGCUCAGGAAUAAGAUCGCCUUGGAAUCUACCCAGGCUCUGUUCCUCCUGGUGGCGGAGAAGAGCAUGUCCUGCAUGUCUUCCAGCAUGAGAGAGGUUUACUCCCGCCACAGCGACGCAGAUGGCUUCCUCUACAUCACCUACGCCUCACAGGAGAUGUUCGGAGCGCCUCAACCAGCGGCCGGGCCGCCCUGCUGAGCCUGAAGCUGAUAAAAAAAACGAACUGAACCCAGACCAAUGGUGGCGACAAACUGAGCCAAGCCAAGACGUUUGUUUUCUCACUACCUCGUGAAACCUUAUGGACGUUUAAACACAACAAAUCACCCCACACGUCUUGCUAUUGCAUGGAAACCUCAGCAAACCAUAGACAACACCCCGAUGAGGACGUUGAUGAAAGCGCUGAUUGAUUAUUUGAUCGGCACAUUUAAUGAUUUUCUGUGAAGAGAUAUUAGGAGAAAAAGUAGAAGUGAAUACAGGGAAUUGUUUGUUCUUUAAAUUGAACACUGUAGUUAAUCUCUCUGUUGUUUGAGCUUCAGUGCAAACACACCAAAUAUUCACACAAUUGCACUGCCAGUUCAAACCAGUCUAGUGGAACCACGACCUUAGCACUUAUGUCUCCCUCCUUCCUCCUCUCUUUUCUGUGAUCGCCUCUUCAACCUCGUCUUCUCCUAAAAAUGUGAAAUUGUACUGAAGUUUUGUCACAGGUCCUUACAGGGACUUUUGAGGCAACUGUUGCUGCGCUGACGCGCCCUGUCUCCAGCUGUCACUAUUCCAGACAAAUAAACUACUUCUUGUCCUUUUAA